AAGCCUUAAAUUUAAGCUAACACCGUCACUUAGAUUUUCUUGGAAAUGAGCCCCUCGCCACAUCGGUCUCGAAGUGGCAAUAGUAGCGGCGGUGGUGAGGAGAGGCCAAGAUUCUUCGACAACAAAGCCAAAAAGAUAUGCUGGGAAAACGCUGAAACGGUCGCCGGUAGACACCCUGAGCGGUGGCGCAAAGAUGCAGCCGGCAACAUUGUCUGCAAACGCUUAUGCAAUUGCAGUGGCUGCCUCUGCUUUCAAUACGAUCACAUCGUUCCUUUCUCCAAAGGAGGUGAAUCUGUUGCUGAAAAUUGUCAAAUACUUCAAUCAAGGGUUAAUACUUAUAAGUCUGAUAAAGAGGUGGUUGAUAAAUCUCAAUUGAAAGGCUAUUCUUGUGAUAUCAAAUUCACUGAUAAGGAGCUGGACAUAAUAGAAAUGGGUGUUUACGGGGAUGUGAUAAGGCCUGGAAACCAGUGUCGUUGCAGAACUGUUGCGGAAUUACUUGGCCAAACCAAGUUGAAAGACCGUGUUCCUGCUUGCAAAUUACCAUAUGCUGACCAGCAAUUACAGUAUCAGGAACCAAAAAAUCCUGGCUAAUGACUAAUUGAAAUAACUCAGGAUUUUCUCAUUCAUAAAUCUUACACAGGUCAAAUGACGCCAUUAUAUGCAGCCUUGAAAGAAAUUUACAUUACUUGUAUCUAAAUCAAUUGGAAGAUGAAGCCCAUUGGUAGAAUAAAAGUCUAUUGGAUAGAACACCAUUGUUGUAUCUCAAUAUUCUAAUCCAGCCCAUGGUUGGUUGGUUGAAGAUUAAAGAAAUUACAAUAUACUUGCAUGUAUUAUCA